AUGAUAGAUUUGAUUCAUGCGAAAGAUAACGAAAUUAUCAGCAACGAUACAGCUAGUAUAGAGAGUAAAAGUUCGCCUCUGGAAAGGAACUCCGGCGCUCGUACUACUGACAAUGACAAUAAUAACAGUAAUUCUUCCGCCACAACCAGUUCAAUUACGUCUACAUCUACAACUUCAAAUGUUAAUAAUACACAACCGAAAAGAGUCAAAGUUUAUAUCUUAGAAAAUGAUGAGUGGAAAGAUACAGGAACAGGAUUCUGUAUUGGUGAAAUCAUUACAAAACAACAACAAACGAAUUCUUCAUCUGACGUGCUGGAUAAAAAACUUGGACAAAUAAAAAAUCAAAUGAUAAUGAUAACAAGAAAAAAUUGCAUAUCUGACGUCACAGAUGAAGAAUAUCCAUCAAAUAUCCUUUUAGAAUCCAAAUUAGAAGGUAAUAUAGAAUAUCAACGUCAAGAGGAAACAUUGAUCGUUUGGAAAGACUUAUUAGGUCAUGAUAUCGCUUUAAGUUUUGAAGAAAGUAUCGGAUGUGACACAUUAUGUGAAUUCAUCGUUCAAGUGCAACGAAAUAUUGAAAAUAAUAUCUCAUUGGUUGCUGUAAAAUCAAACGAUAAUGGUGUGGGUUCCAUUCAUGAAAUUAUUACCGGUCCGGUAGUAUUACCCAUUUGUGAUGAAAUUCAAACUUAUGAGAAUCUAAUUGAAUCAUUGAAAGUGUUAAAUGAUAACCUUUCAUUUGAAUUUUUGAAAAAUGAAACUAUUGAAUUCGUUUUGCAUUCUCAUUAUAUUGAUCUUUUAAUAAGAUUAUUUGAAAAAGCUGAAAAUGAAAAAUUGAUUAAGAAUCUAUUAGUAUUGAGUAAUAUAAUUAAAACUUUGAUGCUUUAUAACCAAAGGGACAUUAUUGAAGUGAUGAUUGAUGAUGAUCAUAUCGAAGGUAUUGUAGGUAUAUUAGAAUAUGAUACAGAAUUCCCAUUCUCGAAGGCAAAUCAUAGAAAAUCAUUAUCAUUAAGUGAUUCCACUUUGAAAGAAGUUAUUCCAUUAGAAAAUAAAGACUUGAAAACAAUUAUUAAAAAAUGUUUUAGAUUACAAUUUUUAAAAGAUGUGGUGUUAGUACGAUUCUUAGAUGAUCAUAAUUUUAAUCUAAUUUUGGAUAUUAUAUUGGAUUUGGAGACGUGUAUAAUAGAUUUCUUAGAAGUGGACCCAUUUUUGGAUAAAAUUAUAGAAUUAUAUCAUGAUAAUGAUGAAGAUAGACUAAAAGGAGAAAAGCAACCAUCGGAACUUCGGAAAAAUGGUAUUAGGCUCCUGCAUCAAUGUGUCCAAGUAUCCAAAAAUUUAGAUCCAUUGGAUAAAUCGAAAUUUUUCAAGACAUUAGUCCGUAAGGGACUAUUUAAUGUAUUAUAUUAUGCGUUCCAUGUAGAAACUGAUAGUGAUAUUAGGAUUCUUGCUACAGAUAUGAUUAUAACGAUUAUUGAGCAUGACAUUUUACUGAUUAAUAAUGUACAAAAUGAAAAAUUUAACAAUAACAAUAAUAAAGUAAUGGAAGAAGAUGGGAAUAAUAGUACUACUAUAUCGUCAUGUGAUAUGUCAUUAUUAUCAAUUUUAUCAACAAUUAUUCAAACAGACAAAAAUUUUGGGUUAAGAGAACAAGUAGCUCAAGCAUUGACUACAUUAUUACAUCCAGAAGGAUGUUUAGGUGGAGAAGGUAUCGAUCUCGAUAUGAUGGAUGAACAGAUAAGUAGUAAUCUUGAUAUGUUAUCAUCAGAUUUACAAUAUGAUUUAGAUCAAGAUGUUAAAACGAAAAAGAAAUCCUUAAGGGCGCCAUCGCAAGAAAAUACUACUAUCAAAAAUAUACCAUCUGAUUUCCAAGUAAUCGAGUAUUUCAAUAAUUUUUAUGAACAUAUUGCACCUAAAUUAUUCAAACCUUUAAUUUCCAAAUAUAAGAGUCCUCGACCAAAUACACAUGAUUACGAUGAUAACCUAUUGAUCCAUUUGGUUAAAUUAAUAUCAUUCAUUGCAUCAGAACAUAAUAGAGCAUUAUCAAGGAAAUUCAUAUUAGAGAAUGGUAUUUUGCAAACACUGUCAGCAAUAAUUAAAAAUGGUCACAUGUUACAAUUAAAACUUACAUGUAUUAGGUGUUUUAAAAACUUAAUAUGUCUGGAUGAUAAAUAUUAUCAUAGGUAUAUGAUAUCUAACAGUUUGUUUGAUCCAAUAAUGCAACUAUUAAAGAUUAAUUUAGAGAAGGAUAAUCUAAUGAAUUCUUGUAUUCAAGAUUUUUUUAAGAUAAUAUCGUAUCAAUGUUUGGAAAAUAAUAAUAAUAUUGACACUAGUAAAGAAAAAGGUCUAAACCAUAACGACAAUGAUAGAAGAUUUAGUGAUCAUACAGAUGAUAUGGAUAUAAUAAGCAAGGAUAAACAAGAACAACGACAAUUGUCGAAGAGUCACUAUAAGAAAACAAAUUUUACAAUAUUAAAUAGAUAUUUGUUGGAGAGAUAUGGAGACUUGAUAGAGAAAUUGGGCUACAUACCGUUUAUCAAAGAUAUGAUCAUAUUCAAUAAAGAACAGAUAAUACUGGAAACCAUUGAGAAGGAGGAACCUAUUAAUCUUGACGAGCAUAAUGAAUCAACUUUGUCUACUAGCGUGAAUGGGAACAACAAUAGUAGAAAUGAAAAUGUAAUAACAAAUGAUGAUAGUCAAUCCGUAAAUUCACCCAUUUUAAAAGUUGGUGGGAAAAGGUUACAUUCACAGGUAGAUUCUUUCGUUGUUGAUAGUGAUAAUGGUAAUGAAACUGAUGCUAAUCCUAAUCCUAAUUCAUCACUUCAGGAAGAUGGACUUCUGUUUAAAAAAUCAAUUGAUUGUCAUAAUUUACAAAGGGGUCCAAGUUUUGAGCAUUAG